AUGAGAAUUCGAAGUGGAAACUGGUUAGAAGGUUCGCGUAUACCUAUCUCUGCAGUUAUACGAUUUAUAUAUUGUUGGUGUCAACAGUUGACAUCCAUUGAAUGGUGUCAGCGCGAAUUGAAACUUUCCAAUGAUGCAACAAUCGACUGGAAUAAUCGGAUGCGGGAAGUGUGUGUCUCUGCUGUACAACGGAACAAAAAGAAAAUUGGAGGCGAUGGGCUUACAGUAGAAAUUGAUGACAAUUUGUUUAAUAAAAGGAGAAAUAACGAUGAAAAGCCAUUGCCAGAACAUUGGAUAUUUGGAGGAAUUUGUAGAGAAACGAGAGAUAUGUUUAUAGAGGAAGUCCCUGAUCGGAGUGCAAAUACUUUUUUGACAUUUAUAAAGAAAAAUGUUGAGGAGGGAUCAAUAAUUUAUUCGGAUUUUUUGUGUUCAUAUAGGAUUGAGGAAUUGAACGAAGCUGGAUUUGAACAGUUAAAGGUCGAUUAUAGGUAUAAUUUUGUGGAUCCUGGAACUAAUACACAAUGCAUUGAAAAAUUGUGGGAAACAUGGAAUAAAAAACAUCGAGGAACUGCUCGGCACCAUUUUAACACGUAUUUAGCUGAAUUCUUAUGGCGGCAAAAUCUACGAGACGAAAAUGUAUUUCAUGCAUUCUUAAAGGAAGUAAAAGAAUUUUGGCCACCGGCGAAAGAAUUUUAA